UACCGUACGGCCUGAGGAAGACGUCUUUUAAAAUAAAUCUCAACUUAAAAAAAUAAUAACGUUAGAUAUUCGAUGAAAAAUACGGCUAACCUUCUCAAAAAAACAUGCGAAGUUUAUGCAUUGUAGCAUUAUGCUAAAAUUCGUGUCAUUGAUUGUCAAGUUCUAAAGUGAGCCCAAGAGAAAUUACUAUAUUUCCCGUAAAUACACUCUACCGGUACGGUAAGCUUAUACAACUAUUCGAGUACAUAAACUGACUGGUCCUGUUAUCUGAAAUGAGUGAGGUUACUGAUAAAACAGAGUCAGAAGACCAGGCAUUGCUGCCUAUAAAAGAGGACAUUACAAUAUGGUUAUCUGGCUUACUUGGCAUGCAGCUGCCAUCAGAGACUUUUUUUGAUACUUUGCAAACUGGAACGGUGCUGUGUCAGGCAGCCCACGCCAUACAUGAUGCAGCUUUUGACCAAUCAUUGUACAACACAGAAAAUACAAACUACGACACAACUUUCAAUGGUACCUUUCCGAAACCUCCAAAGUUUUCAUUAAAAGCGAAACCGGGAUCUUUCUUGGCAAGAGACAACGUCGCCAAUUUUAUAACCUGGUGUCGCGGCUUUGGAAUCAAAGAUACAUACAUGUUUGAAUCAGAAGAUGUCGUUCUUCAAAAGCAAAAAAGAAAUGUUCUUCUCUGCUUGCUUGAAAUUGCAAGAAUAUCUUCCAAAUUUGGCGUUUCCAUGCCAGAAUUGAUACAUUUAGAAAAUGAUAUAGAGAGAGAGGAAUCUUCAACGAUUAAUUUAAUGAAAAGUAUUGGUUGCAAAGCCGAUAUAGAAACAAGAAUUCCUCCCUCACAGGAUAGAAGAAAAAGAAAAAAGGUUCUGCAAUUAGAUGAUGCAGUUUUUGCUGUAACAGACAACUUGAAAAAAUCAGUCGAAAUAGAAAGGAUGGGAGAUUGUCUAUACAGAAUCCAUGACAACCUUGUUUCUGUGAGGAUGUUACGAGAACAACAUGUCAUGGUUCGUGUUGGUGGAGGAUGGGACACUCUUAAACAUUAUUUACAAACUCAUAACACCGGUGUUUUAUACCAACAAAAUAAACUGCUAAGCUUUACUGAUGGUGCUAUGACGAAAAAAAGCAAAUACCGGUCCAAUGAACGGAAAUUUCAUCAAAUUAGGACAAGGAUACCACUGAGAAUGAAACAAUGCUGACCUAUCAAUGUUCAAAAUUGUUCAUUAAAGAGUACGAGCUGAUGAUGGACUCCAAGAAUCCUGCAGCGAACGUCAAUUUUUGCAUAUGAUGUGAGUAAUGCAGUGUUUCUCAGUGCGAGUGGAUUGUUCAAAGAGAUAUCGCCUUCAUAGCCAUCGCUCGUCAAAAAUUUUAUGAUUGGAACCUUG